AUGGAAGAAGAGAAUAAGCUGGUGGAGAAGAUGAUCGAGUUCGGCUACUCCAAGGAAAUCAGCCUGAGGGUUAUAAAGAAGAGCCGUGCGAAAACGAUCGACGAAGUGCUUAACUGGAUCGAGCAGAGCGAACAGAAUGGAGGUGAGGGAGAUGCAGGCACUCCUGAUGAACAUUCAAACGAUAAAGACGAAGGGCAGAACCCGUCCCACACAACAACAACCAGCGCGAACAAUGGUGAAGGGAAAAGCAAACUGACCCCAGAAGAAGCACAGAAGAAGGCAAUUGAACUACAAAAAAAAAUAAGAGAAAAAAAAAUGAUGAAGGAAAAAGAAGAAGAAAUACAAAAAGAAAAAAACAGAAUUUCUAUGGCGAAGGAAGUACAAAAAAGAAGAGAACAAAUGGAAGAAUUCGAAAGAAAAAAAUAUUUAGAGAAUUUGGAAAAAGAAAAAAAUGAACAUAAAAAGGAAAAAGAAAAACAGCUUGAAUUGUUAAGGAAAGAAUAUGAAGCCAAGUUUGGUAUCGCAUACCAAGCACAGAGUGAAAAAAAAAAGAGCAUAAACGAUUUGACUGAAAAUGAAAAGCGUGAGGAAAUAGCAAUUCUGUUGAACAGAUUAAAAAAUAAACACAAGGACAAGAAAAAGGAGUUGCUUAGCUCGCUAGCCAUUUUGAAAACGUACUUUGUUAACAUCAAGGAUAAUAUAUUGGAGAAGAAAUUUCAAAAGAUUAAAAAAGAGAAUAAGGUGUUCCUCGAAAAGAUUAAAGUGUACGAGGAGAUGCUGCAGGUGUUUUUGCUCGUCGGCUUUGAGGACACGGGCGAUUUUUACGAAAUUAAAAAUUUCCCACACACGUACCUCAUCGCGUCGGCCAUCAAAUUCAUUGAUUUAAUUAUGAAGACGUUGAGUUCGUAG